AUGACGAUUACAAUAAACUAUUCAUUAUCACUUCAACAAAGUCCACUUCGCUUUGAUCUUCAUUGUUUUGAAAUUGUGUUUUUACAUUUCGAUGAAGUGAUUUGUAAACCGGGAGGCGGACAUUAUUCUUCCCAACGGACACUUGGCUCAGGAUCUUCGGGUUCACAUGGAGGAUCCAUUGGUAAUCAGCAAAAUGCGUGGGGAAAUCCCUGGUCUCUUGAUGACAUGAAUUCUUGUGUUCUUACAAGUUUAAAAAUGCCGAAUAGAGGCACAUCAGCUUAUUCGGCAUCUUCGAAAUCUUUUCAACAGAUGCCACCGAUGUUUAACUAUCAUCAAUAUCCAUAUUAUUAUUUAGCUCUUAAUGAUUCUGAUUCAAUUCCCGAUGAGCAACGUCUCAUGGCGUAUCUAUUAAGAAACUACGAUCCGUCAGCGCGACCUGUUUACAAUGCGUCGAAUACAGUCAGCGUUGCAUUCGGAAUCUCGUUAACACAAUUAAGCGAUAUGGACGAGAAAAACCAGAUUUUAACAACAAAUAUUUGGCUUGAACAGGAAUGGUUUGAUCAACGAUUAAUUUGGAAUGCAUCGGAUUUUAAUGGUUUAUCAACACUUCGUUUACCCUGUUCAAAGAUUUGGUUACCUGAUAUUGUCCUAUAUAAUUCUGCUGAUGAUUAUACUCAAGGUUUUUACCAAAGUAAAGCGAUGGUUGAAAGCACCGGGCAUGUUUUUUGGCCUCCACCGGCCAAAUUUCGCUCGUCAUGUAAAAUUGACGUGACUUAUUUUCCGUUUGAUGGUAACGUUCUCGUUUUGCCAAAGGCGAAAACUGAUUUUUCUGCUUUUUUUCCCUAUCAUGAACAAAUAGAUCAACUAUGUAAGUUAAAAUUUGGCUCCUGGUCGUAUGAUGCAGCACAGGUUAAUUUAACCAAAAGAAGAGACACUGUUGACAUGGCGAAUUACAUCCGGUCAGGUGAAUGGCAUAUCGUUAACAUUGACAUCAGACGAAAUGAUGUCACAUACCCGUGUUGUCCAGGAAUUUAUUAUCCUGAUGUGACAAUUUAUGUUCAUAUUCGUCGGCGAGUGCUGUACUAUCUAUUUAAUAUAAUAUUUCCUUGUAUAUGGCUUUCAAUACUGUCUCUUCUCGGCUUUUGGCUUCCGCCGGAUUCGGGAGAGAAAAUUACACUUGGUAUAACUGUCCUUCUGGCUUUUUCAGUUUUUAUGUUACUAAUUGCGGAAUCAAUGCCAGCAACAAGUGAAAUGGUUCCAUUAAUUGAAGUCUAUUUAACUGUUGUCAUGGCCUUAACUUCCUUAUCAAUCGUCUUGACUGUUUAUGUCCUUCAAUUACAUCAUUCGGGUCCGGUUGUUAUUCCUAUCCCUUAUUCAUUUAAAUACACGUUAGUUCGAUACGUCGCUCCGUUAGUUGGUAUGAGAAAAAUCGUACGAAUCUAUGCAGAAGAACAUCACUUGACCGACACGGAUGAAGUUUAUCGAUGUUUUAGCAAAACAGAUGCGAAACCAUUGGGUACACCACUGAUUGUUAAUCAUCAGAAAUAUCCGAUGGAGAAACCAAACAACAAACUUAGAAAAGACGCGCGCUAUCGCGAAGAAACCCUUGAUGACGAUAAUGAAGAAGAAGAUGAAGAAGGAAAACUGAAACAAUUCUUACCGAAUGUUUCACUUGCUAACGGCGAUGUCCGAACAGCAAAACGAGCACAUGUUCGUCAUCAUCAUCACCAUCGAUCGCGUUCACGUGUUCCACAAAUCGUACUUAUUCCCGAACAAUCGCAUCAAAUUCCGUGCAUGAGAAAUUCCAAUACUUCGUCUCAUUACGAAUUGUUCAAUUCAAAUAUGUUUCUCUUAGAAAAACAUUUGAAGCGGUUGAUUGAUAGACAAAAACAAGAAGAAGAGCGAAAUGAAGUUGUCAACGAGUGGAAACUCAUGGCGUUGAUUAUGGAUCGUCUAUUAUUUUGGAUUUUUACGAUUUUAACGAUUCUAAGUACAAUCUUUUGUCUGAUUAUCAUCCCUUGGUUAAAAAAUACCGGUUAUAUCGCAGCGUUGAACAAAGAACUUUUUGACGAAUAUAAAUCGAAUGAAUCAUUGAUAAAUUUAAUUGACGAAUCGAUGAAAAUGAAUCUAUCUGGUUCAUAA